AUGGGAAACUUAAAAAACUGCAGUUUUCAGGCAAAGGCUUCUCUGGAACCACAGCCGGCCACGCUGGAAAUAGACGCUCCAAUUGUAAUCUUUGGUGAUAUUCAUGGACAGCUUCAUGAUUUACUUCGAUUCUUCACUAUAGUCGGACCACCUCCACAAAACAAAAUACUCUUCCUAGGAGAUUACGUUGACAGAUGCAAAAAAUCGUUUGAGGUACCUACAUUUAUCGAUAAGCUUGAGAUAGAAAAAGCACAUGUGCUCAGUUACUUCGCUGAACAGUGCAAAAGGAAAGGACGGUGUUGUUCGGGAACUCACGAGUAA